AUAUACUGACGUAAAAUUACGGCAUAGUAUCGUUUAGAUGACAAACAACCCUCAUGGGAUUUAGCCGAGAGGUCUGGAGCCAUGUUAGUUAUGUUGUUUCUGAAAGUGCUUUAAAAGUGAACGUUCCAGCUGUUUCGUGAAAGCUCAGAAGAAACAUCGGCCGUGGGAACAAGGACGAAAAUUCAACCACGCCUAUAACUGCUUGGAACGUUUCCUAUCCAUAGUUUUGAUUUAUAAAACGUGGGAGAAGAAAAAACGGGAACUAGUCGAAGGCCGUUCGUUUUUAAACUUUUACAGAUGAGUGCCAUGAUAUCUAGCGAUCAUGUGUUGGAAUUGGAAAGCGUGUUUCAUUCGGGACAGCUCGACAAACCGACGUUUUUACAGAAAGUCACCGGACCUAAGGUGAUGGGUGCCAUUUUAAAAGAUGUCACCAUGGAAGUCCACGCUGGAGAAGUCAUGGCUAUAUUAGGUUCUAAAGGUAGCGGAAAAAGAGCAUUGUUGGAAAUAAUUGCCAGACAAGCUUCUGGUACGACUCACGGACAAAUUCUUCUAAACGACGUACCUAUAUCGGCCAGAUUAUUCCAAGAACAAUGCUGUUACGUACAAAGAAGGAGCAAUUUACUACCCGGAUUGACAGUCAGACAGACUCUAAGUUACUCGGCCCAAUUGUCCAUUGGGUCUAAAGUAUCCAGCUCCGUUAAAAGAAACAGAGUAAAACAAGCCAUGGCUGACCUCGCCUUGAACCAAGUGGGCAACAGAGAAGUCAGUACCCUCUCUCCUAGUGAAUAUAAACGUUUAGCAAUAGCAAUUGAAGUAGUUCGGGAUCCAGUUUUGCUAUUGCUGGACGAACCCACUCACGAACUGGAUCCUCUAAAUACAUAUUUUAUCAUAUCAAUACUGUCAAAUCAUGCCAAGAAAUAUAACAGAAUUAUACUAAUUAGCAUGGAAAAACCCAGAUCGGAUAUCUUUCCCUUUCUAGAUAGGGUGACUUACUUAUGCCACGGAGAAAUAGUUUAUACAGGCAGCACUCGAAUGAUGUUGGAUUAUUUUCGCAGUAUCGGAUUCCCGUGUCCAGAAUUAGAAAAUCCUCUGAUGUAUUAUCUGUGUUUAUCGACGGUUGAUCGCCGAUCUAGAGAGCGAUUUAUCGAAUCGAGCACUCAGAUAUCCUCCCUCGUCGACAAAUUCAAAAUCGAAGGCGCGCGUUAUAGAAAGUUCGGAACACCCACUCCAGAUGUUAUAGAUCAGAACGACUCGCAAUAUAAAUUACCAUUAACUGCUUAUGGUCAGCCAUCGUGUGGUCAAGUAUAUUUUGCUCUGUUAAGGAGAUCGUACGCAUCACUCUUCAAUUGCAACUACAGUUCGAUCAAGUCAUUGUUGCUUCGUUUUCUUUCCAUACCAGCCUUUUUUACUUUCCUUUUCCUCUUUUAUUAUCCUUUAGACAAUUACCAACACAGUUACGUGACCAGAAACGGGCUGAUCCUUAAUUGUCUCAUAAUCGUAUCAUUCUUAUCAACUGCCAUCACGUCAAUAACGUAUGCACCUUUCCGUACGAGAUAUUAUCAAGAAUCUAAAGAAGGUAUGUAUGGAGGGGUUACAUUUAUACUUAGCCAGAUAGUAUAUAGCCUACCAUUAAGUGCCAUGACGGUUUGGGUUGGAGCUACUAUAAUAUAUGCUGGAGUGCCGAUGUAUCAAGAAUGGGAUCGAUGGGCGAAAUUUUGCGCCGUGCUUUGGACUGUUUACAUAUUUGCAGAGCAUCAAACUAUUAUUCUUAUGAAUUAUAUAAGAAGUUCAUUCACAACUUUCGUCACCAGCAUCUAUAUUUUGGUAGUGUAUAUUACGUUAGCAAGUGGGACCGUCAGGUCUCUUAUAGCGUUACCAACAUGGCUGUAUUAUAUAAGUUAUGGAAUUAUCUAUCGCUAUGCUGGAGCAUUUCUAAAUGCCAACGAAUUCCGAGAUAACAGAGAGUUGACAAUACGCAAGUUUAUGAACGAUUCGGCAGAAUUUGACUGUCCAAAUAACAAUUUACCCGGUUAUUGCGUUUAUUUAAAUGGAACGCAUUAUUUGGAGCAGAGGUAUUCGAGUGACGAUUUAAACGACGAUUUAAAUUUCGGUAUCUGUUUCGCUUUCGUUGGAGGAAUGUGGCUUUUGAGCGUAUUUGUCUAUCUCAUCAAACCACCAAAUUUCAUAAGUGCAAAGUUUAACAAUUAAAUCACGUGAUCGGUUCACUCAAAUUAACAUUUUUAACAGUUAUAAGAGGGAUUUUUUAAAAUAAAAAUAAAAGCCAUAUUUUUACUUAUAUACAAAACUACAUUAUAUUAAUUUUUAAAACA